AUGACCUCUUCCUUUCCGGUUUUUUCUUGCCUGUUUCACUCUCUUGGUUGGGCUGGGAACUCGGGGGGGCACUGGUUUGAGAUUGUUCUGGUUGUUGACCUAGCCCCUUUUGUCCUGUGGUCCUUGAGUUGGUUUGGUGCUAAGGUUUUGGUCGCUUAUUCUAGGCAAACCUUACUCGCCGUGAUUUGUCCGGUUGAUGCUAGCAGGAGUGUCUUCAUUGCAAUAGACUUAAUAUCUUCUCUUGUUUAUUUGUUGACGUAUGCUGAUGGUCUCUGCUCCUCUGAUGGUUCCUUCAUUAUGAGCAUGGGAAACCGCGCGGGAAGUCUUUUGGUCACCCCCAAUUGUUACAAUCCCGUGAAGAUGACCUUUAAAGCUUGUCUGGUUAUUGUGAAGUUUGAAAAUUGGGUCUUAUGCCCGCCAUUACUCGCAAAACCAAAGAAUCACGAGACUUUGUUGGUGUAUCUGGCCGUCUCUGAUACAGCCGUCAGCGCCUUGUUGGUCAGAGAGGAAGAGGGAAAGCAGUCACCAAUCUACUAUGUGAGCAAGUCACUACUUGAUGCAGAGACCCGAUACAGCCAGCUAGAGAAGCUGGCCCUCGCACUGGUCCAUACAGCAAGAAAGUUACGUCCGUACUUCCAAUGCCAUCCAAUCGUAGUCGCCACUACGUACCCCUUAAAGGCCAUACUGCAUAAGCCAGAACUAUCCAAUCGAAUGAGAAAGUGGGUGGUGGAGUUGAGUGAAUACGACAUCACAUUCAAGCCACGGACCGCACUUAAAUCUCAGGUAUUAGCCGAUUUCGUUGUUGACUUUGCACCUAACCUUACUAUACAGGCCGACAAAGAGUUAUGCUGUCUGACGGAAGAACCCGAUCAAACUGGAAUUUGGAAACUAUAUGUUGAUGGAUCCAGCAACGUACGAGGAAGUGGGCUUGGAGUCGUCCUUUCAUCACCACGAGGAGACAACAUCGAGCGAUCAAUCCGAUGUGAUUUCAAAACAACCAACAAUGAGGCUGAGUAUGAAGCCAUGAUAGCCGGACUCGGACUAGCUAAGGAAAUUGGGAUAAAACGCAUUAACGUAUUUAGUGACUCUCAACUUGUAGUUAACCAGAUGCAGGGUACAUUUCAAGCCAAAGAUACGAAAAUGACGGCUUACCUGGGCAAGACGAAAGAGCUCCAAUCGUGCUUUGAAGAAUUCACCAUCAACCAAGUGCCGAGGGGGGAGAAUGGUCAUGCUGAUGCUUUGGCCAACCUUGGGUCAGCAAUUCAGACCGCACAACCUAAAACCGUAACGAUCACUUGUCUUCAAUAUCCAGCAAUCCAAAAAGGCGAGGCCGAAGAACAGGUGACCGAAGUAUCAGUCGAACGAACAUGGAUUACCCCCAUAAUGGAAUAUCUCGAGAGAGAUAUACUCCCGGAUGAUCGGAACGAAGCACGUCGGCUCAAAGCUCAAGCAGCACGGUUCUGCAUCAUUCGAGGUAAAUUGUACAAACGUUCAUUUACCGGUCCAUAUUUGAAAUGCAUUAACCCUGCAGAAGCAAGAUACGCCUUGUCCGAAUUACACGAAGGUGAAUGUGGCAACCACUCGGGAAGAAGAAGCCUCGCACACCGCGCCCUAACCAACGGUUACUACUGGCCCAAAAUGAAGGGAGAUGCAGCUGGUUACGCCAGAAAAUGCGACAAGUGCCAACGAUUCGCCCAAAUAUCACAUCUGCCCCCGGAACCCCUGACUGCUAUCACUUCGCCAUGGCCAUUCAUGAAAUGGGGGAUGGACAUUGUAGGCAAACUGCCCAUUGCGCCUGGACAGAAGGUAUACAUGUUGGCAGUGACCGAUUAUUUUAGCAAAUGGAUAGAAGCAGAGUCUUUCCACCAAGUUCGUGACAAAGAAGUCAAGGGGUUCAUAUGGAAGAACGUGAUCUGCCGGUAUGGGGUGCCCAAGGAGAUCGUCACGGACAACGGGUCCCAAUUUAUAAGCGCAGACUUUCAAGAUUUUUGCAGGUUUUGGAACAUCAAGCUAAGCUUUUCAACGCCAAUGUACCCCCAAGCCAACGGGCAAGCGGAAUCUUCCAACAAAACCAUCAUGAACACCUUGAAGAAACGACUAGAGAAGGCCAAGGGAAGGUGGGCAGAUGAAUUGCCCGGCGUACUAUGGUCGUACCGAACAACCACAAGAACAUCAACAGGGGAAACACCAUUCUCCCUUGCUUACGGGGUGAGAGGCAGUAAUCCCAACGGAAAGUGA